AUGGGGAAAGCGGCCGCUCUGUGCCGAGGCAGCGGCUGUGGCGGCCGCUCCCGCGGACUCUCGUCGCUGUUCACGGUUGUCCCCUGCCUGUCCUGCCACACGGCGGCGCCGACCAUGAGCGUUUCCACGCCUGGCCCCGGGCCGGAGCCCAAGCCUCAGCCCAAGCCUCCGCCCCAGCCUGUGCCGAAGCCCGAGCGGCAGCCGGGGUCAGAAGAGGUGCCGGAGCCACUUUCUGAGCCGGUGCCAAGAUUGGAGCCUGUGUCUGAGAAGACGUCUGAGCCAAGGCCAGAGUCCAGACAGGGAGCAGAACUGCUGCUGGGUUUGGGGCGGGGGUCAGGGCCCCGGCCAGAGUUGGGCUCAAGUAUAGGGGCUGGGACCUGCCCCAAGGCCUCAUCAGAGCAGCUGCCGGCACUGGGGUCAGUAGUGGGGAGUGCGCCCUGGACCAAACCCGAGCUGGGGUCGCUGGCGGUGUCAAAGCCCCCGCCCCUGCUGCGACCCGGACAGGCCAAGGCAUCCCUUGGGGUUCCAAUGUCAGGGACUGGCACGACCUCCACAGCACCCAAGGUCUUACUGCCUCUGGACAGCUUCAAGGGCUGGCUGCUGAAAUGGACCAACUACCUGAAAGGCUACCAGCGCCGUUGGUUCGUGCUCAGCAAUGGUCUGCUGUCUUACUACAGAAAUCAGGGGGAAAUGGCCCACACCUGUCGUGGCACCAUCAACCUGUCCACCGCGCACUUCGACACGGAGGACUCUUGCGGUAUCGUGCUGACCAGUGGGGCAAGGACCUACCACCUCAAGGCCAGCUCGGAGGUGGAACGGCAGCAGUGGAUCACCGCCCUGGAGCUGGCCAAGGCCAAGGCUGUCCGCAUGAUGAGCAGCCACUCAGAUGACUCUGGGGACGACGACGACGAGACUGCCUCUCCAGCUGAUAAGAGCGAGCUACACUGCACCAUCCAGAGCCUCUCCUUGAAGUUGGACGACCUCAGCACGUGCAAUGACCUCAUUGCCAAGCAUGGCGCUGCGCUCCAGCGCUCCCUGAGUGAGCUGGACGGCCUCAAAAUCCCCUAUGAGAGCAGUGAGAAGCUGAAGGCCGUGAAUGAGCGGGCCACCCUCUUUCGCAUCACCUCAAAUGCUAUGAUCAAUGCCUGCAGAGACUUCUUGGAACUAGCAGAGACACACAGCCGGAAAUGGCAGCGUGCCCUACAGUAUGAGCAAGAACAGCGCAUCCACCUGGAGGAGACCAUCGAGCAGCUAGCCAAGCAGCACAACAGCCUCGAACGGGCCUUCCGUAGCGCCCCCGGCCGGGCCACCAACCCCACCAAGAGCUUCAGCGAAGGAAGCCUCUUAACUCCCAAAGGAGAGGACAGUGAGGAAGAUGAAGAUACCGAGUACUUCGACGCCAUGGAAGACUCUACAUCCUUCAUCACCGUGAUCACCGAGGCCAAGGAGGACAGAAAAGCGGAGGGUGGGACCACAGGCCCAGUGGACUGGACCUCAUCAGAUAAUGUGCUAGAUGGCGCCUCACUUGUGCCCAAGGGUCCCCCCAAGGUCAAGAGGCGUGUCCGCAUCCCUGACAAACCCAACUACAGCCUUAAUCUCUGGAGCAUCAUGAAGAACUGCAUCGGCCGGGAGCUCUCCAAGAUCCCCAUGCCGGUCAACUUUAACGAGCCCCUGUCCAUGCUCCAGCGGCUGACGGAGGACCUGGAGUACCACCACCUGCUGGACAAGGCGGUGCACUGCACCAGCUCAGUGGAGCAGAUGUGCCUGGUGGCCGCCUUCUCCGUGUCCUCCUACUCCACCACUGUGCACCGCAUCGCCAAGCCCUUCAACCCUAUGCUAGGGGAGACCUUUGAGCUGGACCGCCUUGAUGACAUGGGCCUGCGCUCCCUCUGUGAGCAGGUGAGCCACCACCCACCAUCAGCUGCACACUACGUGUUUUCCAAGCAUGGCUGGAGCCUCUGGCAGGAGAUCACCAUCUCUAGCAAGUUCCGGGGAAAAUACCUCUCCAUCAUGCCGCUAGGUGCCAUCCACUUAGAAUUCCAGGCCAGUGGGAAUCACUACGUGUGGAGGAAGAGCACCUCGACUGUGCAUAACAUCAUUGUGGGCAAGCUCUGGAUUGAUCAGACCGGGGACAUUGAGAUUGUGAACCAUAAGACCCAGGACCGGUGCCAGCUGAAGUUCUUGCCCUAUAGCUACUUCUCCAAAGAGGUAGCCCGGAAGGUGACAGGAGUGGUAAGUGACAGCCAGGGCAAAGCCCACUACGUGCUGUCAGGUUCAUGGGAUGAACAGAUGGAGUGCGCCAAGAUCGUGCAAAGCAGCCCCAGCAGCCCCAGCUCAGAUGGGAAGCAGAAGACCGUGUACCAGACGCUGCCAGCCAAGCUGCUGUGGAAGAAGUACCCGCUGCCGGAGAACGCCGAGAACAUGUACUACUUCUCGGAGCUGGCCCUGACCCUCAACGAGCACGAGGAGGGCGUGGCACCCACGGACAGCCGCCUGCGGCCAGACCAGCGGUUGAUGGAGAAGGGCCACUGGGACGAGGCCAACACAGAGAAGCAGCGGCUGGAGGAGAAGCAGCGCCUGUCGCGGCGCCGGCGGCUGGAGGCCUGCUCGCGGGGCUGUGGCACCGAGGAAGAGAAGGAGGCCGAUGUGUACAUGCCGCUGUGGUUCGAGAAGAGGCUGGACCCACUGACCGGGGAGACGGCCUGCAUGUACAAGGGCGGCUACUGGGAGGCCAAGGAGAGGCAGGACUGGCACAUGUGCCCCAACAUCUUCUGAGCGUCACCCCUCCUGCAAAUACAGGCUCCUGCACAGCCUGGUCCACCUCUUCUUUAAUGCACUCAAUUUAGUAUUCAAUGGCCCUCCUCCCACACCUUCCCUGCCCCAUUCCCACCUCCCUUUUUUUUACACUUUUUGGGGGCUCCCACCUUGGAAGGAGGAAGUGCUGACCUGCAUUCUUUUCAGCUCCCAGGUGCCCCGGGU